GUGUGUGUGUGUGUGUGUGGGAGAGAGAGAGACAGAGAGAGAGAGAGAGACAGACAGACAGAGAUAAGGAGUGUGUAUCCGUGUGUGUGUGUGAGAGAGAGGAAGAGAGAGGGUGUGUGCGUGGAGAGAGAGAGUGUGUGUGUAUGAGAGAGAGAAAGACAGAGAGAGAUAGGGAGUGUAUGUAUGUGAGACAGGGAGUGUGUGUCUGUGUGUGUGUGCGUGUGAGAGAGAGAGGGUGUAUGUGUGUGAGAGAGAGGCAGAGAGAGAGAGAGAGAGAGAGAGAUCUCAGACUCUCUCCUGCCCCUGUGUGUGAAGGAGAGGGAAUGUGUUUAUCUGAGGGAGAGGGAAUGUAUGUGACAGAGAGGAAUCUCAGGCUCUCUCCUGCCCCUGUGUGUGUGAGAGAGAGCGAUCUCAGACUCUCUCCUGCCCCUUUGUGUGAGAGAGCGAGUGUGUUUGUGAGGGAGAGCGAUCUCAGACUCUCUCCUGCCUCUGUGUGUGUGUUGGUGUGUGGGAGAGGGAGUGUGUGCGUGUGCGUGUGUGUGUGUGAUAGAGAGAGAGGGGGAGUGUGUUUAUGAGCGAAGGGAGAGAGAGUGUGUGUGAGAGGGAGGGAGUGUGUUUGUGAGAGUGGGAGAGAGUGUGUGUGAGAGAGGGUGUGUGAGAGGGAGGGAGUGUGUUUGUGAGAGUGGGAGAGAGUGUGUGUGUGUGUGAGAGACAGGGAGUGUGUUGGUGAGAGUGGGAGAGUGUGUGAGAGAGAGGGAGUGUGUUUGUGAGAGAGAGCGAUCUCAGACUCUCUCCUGCCCCGUGUGUGAGAGAGGGAGUGUGUUUGUGAGAGGGAUCUCAGACUGUCUCCUGCCCCUGUGUGUGUGAGAGAGAGAGGGAGUUUGUGUGAGAGAGAGGGAGUGUGUUUGUGAGAGUGGGAGAGAGAGAGAGAGAGUGUGUUUGUGUGAGUGGGAGAGAGAGUGCCCAGACCACCCCCCCCUCUCUGUUUGGCUGUUGGGUAAUGGAUGAUGAAUUCCCCAAAUGACAUCAGCGGCUGGGCAGGAGAGUGUGGACAGGAUCAGUCUCAGUGUGGAGAGGUUUCACUGAGGGGCAGCUCCGCUGAUGAAGCCGAAGUAUGGCCGGUUUCGAAGUGAGUCGGUGACCAGCUCAGCAAGCGGCUUGUUUCACAGCCUGACCAUGAGCGGCCAGCUCGGUGCAGCUCCCGUGGCCGAAGAGCCGGAGGAUUCCACCACCUUCUGCACCCUCAUCCCCAGAAUCCCGCACUGGAAAUUCUCGGCGUCGCCGGGAGGCAGGAACCCGGCCAAAGGGCUGCCUCCCCCCCCGGGGCCCGGCCUGGCCACUGUCCUGGGAUCCUGUGACUCGCUGUGCCCCCCUCCCUGCUCUGUCCAGGCCACGGCACGGCUGCCCGGGGGUGGCCGGAGGGUCCGGGUGGAAGGAGUGCGCUUGGCCGGGGGGGAGUGGAAUCGCAAAGGCAGUUUCAUCAACAAACCGUCCGGAGGCUGGUUACACCCAGAUACCAAGAUCCUGGGUCCCGGGGUCUCCUACAUCGUCCGUUAUAUGGGUUGUAUUGAAGUGGUCAAAUCAAUGAGAUCCCUUGACUUCAACACAAGAACACAGGUCACAAGGGAAGCCAUUAAUCGGCUGCAUGAAACCGUUCCAGGAGUGAAAGGGACUUGGAAAAGGAAGCCUUCAAACCCAUCCCUGCAAUCUAUCCUGGGGAGAAGCAACCUGCGGUUUGCUGGGAUGAGCAUCACCAUCAACAUCUCCAUCGAAGGGUUAAACCUUGCAUUGCCCACCACCCGACAGAUCAUUGCGAACCAUCACAUGCAGUCCAUCUCCUUUGCUUCUGGUGGCGACACAGAUACCACUGAUUAUGUUGCCUAUGUAGCGAAGGAUCCUGUAAAUCAGAGAGCCUGUCAUAUCCUGGAGUGUUGUGAGGGGUUAGCACAGACUGUCAUCAGCACAAUUGGACAGGCCUUUGAACUGAGGUUCAAGCAAUAUUUACACAGUCCCCCGAAAGUGGUUGCUCCUCUUGACAGGAUGAACGGCAGUGAGGAGUCUGCUUGGGGUGAGGAGGAGGAGGAGAUGUCUGAGCAUAAUUAUUAUAACAGUAUCCCAGGAAAACAGCCACCUCUAGGGGGCAUUGUGGACACCAGGAGCCGACAGUGGAACAUUCCGGCUCAGCUCCCUUGCCCGGCUGGUACUAUACAGCUCAGUCAUAUCACUGAGAGUGAAACUGAUCAGCAUAAGGAAGAGAACACAAGUGGUCACUGUGAGGAUCUGGGACAACCCAUGGCAGGUGUGCUGAAUGAUGGAUACCUCCGGCCGUACGGAAGAUCCACUUGUGGGGAGCAUAUGUACGUAAAUACCCAGGCUCUCGAUCUGCAGGACUGGACUGGCAGAGACAUGAGCAUAACAGUGAAUGGAGCAGUGGGAGAUAGGAUGGAGAGUCCUGAGAAAGACAUGUUUGAUAUGAGACCAUUUGACGAUGCUUUAAAGCUGCAUGAUGCCAAAUCCAGAAAGUGUAAAGGAACAGGAAUACCGUGCUUAAGUCCCAGCUCGGCCAGAGCCACAGAGGAGGAACAGCUAAAGAGGGAGUCCUGGUAUCAUGGGAAGAUUAGUCGGAAAGUGGCCGAGAAACUCCUAGUGUUGGAUGGAGACUUCCUGGUUCGGGAGAGCAUGACGAACCGUGGACAGUACGUCCUGACUGGAAUGCACAAUGGCCAGGCCAAGCACCUUCUCUUGGUGGACCCAGAAGGAGUGGUGCGGACGAAGGAUUUACUCUUUGAAAACAUCACACACCUCAUCAAUUAUCACUUUGAGAGUGAAGUUCCCAUUGUAGCAGCGGAGAGUGAGGUUUGUCUGAAACAGAUCAUUGUCAAGAGGAAGCACUGAGCUGCUGCAGUGACUGAUAUGAUUUGAACAUAUCCCUGAAUUCCAAAGAUAUCCAGAGAUUUUUGAUCAAGAAUGAAUAUUUGUGAGCAGACAUAUUGCUUCAGUUCUGGAGUUGAGUUGUGAAAUUUGGAGAAGAGACUGAAAUUCCUCACUCUUACAGCCAGCUCUCUGUCCACUCCAGAUGCUUCACAGAGCAUGUUGUUUAUUGCAGUCAGUGUAAUCAUUAACACUGUAGCACUUGAGAAAUGGGAUUCAACUGAACUCAAACUAGUUGUUACUGUCCGGAAUCCAUACAGGACAUCUCAUGAUGACAAAGAAUGGACAGUAGGAGGGAAUUAUUGGACUGUAUUUCCCUGUGUGUGUAUCUCAACGGCAGCUCUCACACAUGUAGAAGGUAAAGGGGAUGGUUUAUUCCUGAUUGGUGUUGUACAGCCUGAUGGUCCCCAUGCUGUGUGUAAAUAUUGUAUUCUGGGGUGGGGUGGUGGGAGUGUUGACCCCACGAUCUAAGUGAUUUGGGGCCAUAAAGUGGGUGUCAGGGAAAGGUUUGACUGACACUGUAUUUCUGACAUGCCGUCAGAACUAUCGAAAGAUUCUGCCUGGGUUUCACAGCUGGAUCCUCUAAAGCUCAGUCCACAAACACUUCAGCAAAACUGACCUGGAGACCAGGGAUACAGGUAGCGAUGAGGGGUCUCUAUUCCCCCAAACCCUCUCUUCCCGAUGCCCCCCUCUCUUCGUCCCACCAAUCUCUCCCUUCUUAACCCCAUUUUCUCUCUUUUCUCCUCUCCCCCUCUCAACACCAACUCUCCGGUCCCAAUCCCCUUCUCUCUCUCUCUCUCUCUUUUUCUGUCUCUUCCUCUUACUGAGUCACUGCUGGUGAAAUUUGUUAAUUUUUGAUUUUGUGAUUAAAGUUCUUUUCUCAAUCUUUGAAAUAAAA